AUGCAAGAAGACGCCCCUGCAGCCAGCGAGAUAUCACCCAAGCAGAACAAUCUGAACAUUUACUUUAUGAAAGAGCUGAAGAAGCUCAAGGGCGACCAGAAGCGACUUGACGACGAAGUGCUGCACCUCAAGCUCGAGAACAGCAACCUAUCCGCUCGCUUGAAGACGAGCCAGUGGCAGGUCAUGCGGCUCAUGGACUACUUCUCGCAGAUGGCGGACCAACAACCCGUGCCGGCCUUCCCGACCCAUGCCAUGGAGACCACCGCGAGCUCGACCCACAACCCCUCCCACAUUGGCGUAUCCACCGCUCUGCCAAAAGGCAGGGCCGAGCAGCCCAUGGUGGUGUACGAUCUCAGCAAGAGCACUGCGACCGUGCUCACCGCCAACACCACCUUUUGCCAAAUGAUCGGCUACGAAUUGAAUGAAGUCAUUGGAAUGCCGUGGACGGAGUUCAUUCCACCAGAGGCAGCGCGCCGAACCAUGAACACCAUUCUGCAGCAGAAGACUCUAUCAUCAACGAUACAGCUCGAUCAAGUAUACCGGCACAGAACAGGUGGUCUGUUCGCUACGUACGAUACUCAUACGAUCCUUUUUGGUAACGACGGCCUGCCCAUCUCGGACGUGGUCACCCUCUACUUCCCCGAGUCGAACGCCGCCGGCGGCGUGCCCAACACGCCGACCUUCCUCCCGCCGAUGAAGUUCCUGAGCAGCACCGCGGCCAACGAAGGGCGAGCUCAUCCCGGCACUCACCUAUCGCCCUCUUCCAUCCAGCCGCUGUCGUCGCCCGUAGUCGAAUCGCCGUCAGAUGACGAAUUCGAUUCUGAUCCGAUGCUGUCGUCUCCACACAUCAACCGACCCCAGUCCGCUCCGGUGUUUGGGCACCAGGCAAAGCCAGGCGCCGGGCCGAGGAACGGCAAAGGCGGGCGGAGCCUAACCCCACAGGCGACCACCAAAAAGACUAGACGACCGACCACCAAGGUCACCGGAGAAGCGUCGCAGCCUCAGCUGAUGUUCUACGGCUCUCAGGGUGAAGAGAAAGCCGCGCGUAAACUGCGGGACAACAUUCCAAAGGCCAGUAUGAGGGUUCUUGACGAAGACGAAGACGAUGGCGAAAGUCCUCAUGUGCAGCAUACCUCAUUCGACGAGGUGCUAUCCAGUCCGCAGCGAAGACUGCCGCAACCAGUGGCGGAGGGUCCCACCUCCAUCUUCCAGAUGCCCCCUUCGUCGAACUUCCCCUCACUCUCCUCGCCCUUCCCCUCCGCCGCGCCUCCAUUCCCGCCGUCUCCCAACAACGCCUUCACCUCCUCGGCCUCCCCUCUCGCCUUCUCCUUCGAUGACACCCCGAUGGCUUCAUCAUCUUCGACCACCGCUGCGACUCAGCAGCCCGCGCUGUCGUCCUACGGCGCGUCCGCGUCCACCGCGCCGCACUACAUCGUCGGACCCAACGUCAUCCCGCUCACUGGCGCGACAAUGCCCCCAUCGUCAGCUUCUUCGGCGACCGACAUCGCGGGCGUGGAGGACGCAUUCAACGACCUCGACCUGGACCCCUCGUUCAUGCCCUUCGCCCUCGACGAGGACUUUUUGAACUCCCUCAUGGCGACCCACCAGCACAAUAGCGGCGGCGGCGCCUCCUCCAACGACAACGGCCCAGACAACGUCUGA